AUGAGAAUUCAAGUUAUACAACAGUGUUCCAAGCAAUAUGUCAACUAUUUGGUAUUGCUGUACAACACAAGGAAUAUAGUCAAGCAGUUGAUAGAGAGUGGUGAAUGUGGCCUGCUACUCAAGAUCACUCCAACAUAUCGCGCAGAGAGAUGGAUAGCCGCAUUGAAUGCUGUGCGCAGCAUGUCAGAUAGCUCGUCUAACCUUAGCAUUGGCUCGACCUCUGGCACUGGCUCAAGUACUGGCAAAGACACAGUAUUCAACUUGAAGCAAAGAUUGAGCGAGCCAGAGUUUGCAGAAGCAUUCAUUGAUAGAGGCGGCGUGACGGGCAUCCUUCACAUAGUCAAUGAUGUCAAGGGCAACUCGCAAACUUAUGCCCUUGGCUCACUUCGCGCAUGUCUCGAGUACGUCAAGGGCAUGGACGCCAUCACAAAGACUCCAUCCCUCAUCAAUCAGUUGUUCCUACUGGUCAGCUCACCAGUUGUUGGAGUCUGCCGUGUUGCCCUCGAGUUGCUGUUUGUUCUCUGCGACUUGAACAAGGAGCAAGGAUUCGCGUCUGUACAUUCUGCGGCCAAGUCAACUGCCAUCACAUCAAGUUCCAAGCCAUAUCAGAGUGUUGUCAAGCUGCUAGAGAGCGGAGAUCUCGAGACCAAGGUCAACGCAUUCACUCUGCUCAAUGUACUCUUGAUCGCAUGUCCAACACGAGCUAAAGUCGAGAGAUUGUUGAAGAGUUGGGACGAAUAUGGACUGAACAACACGCUUCGUUCACUUACCGAGCUACAGAAUAAGGAGUUCCAAGUACAGCUGGAGAUCUACGAGAGAGAGUCCAACAUUCAACUACGAAGCCGAGCGUCCAGGCUAGAGGCCAUGUGUAACAGACUCAAAACCAAGUUGACCGAGUAUGAGCUACAACAGCCGCUCAUAUCCAUGCUCAAAGAGGAGUUGCGUCUGAACCAGCAACUGAUCAAAGAGGCAUCCAACAGCAGUAUAUUCCUCAACUCUCAUCCAGUUCAGAGGUUCUUGGGUCCACUCAAUCAUACUUAUCCAGAGGACUUGUCAUUCCUAAGAAUUGCCGUGAUUGAGAGAGAGAAGAGUUGUGAUUUGGAGAGAAAGGUUAACUUGGCACAGGAGAGAGCAAGACAGGAACAGAGGACUGCAGAGGAGUUGAAGAGACAGUUGGAGACAAACAGACAGAGAUUUGAACAGACGUUGAAUGAGUCAACCAAGCAGUUACAGACAGAGAUUGAUCAGUUGAAGAGACAACAACAUGGAUCAAUGAUGGAUGGUCAUAACAUCAAGGAUGGUGCCAAUCAAUCAUCUAUUGAUGAUGGAUCAGUCGAAGCCACGCAUCACAUUACCUCGACAGAGAUGUCAUUGGGCGAGGCAUUGAAGGAGAUUGAUAGAUUGAAACAUAUUAUCGAGACAAUGCAAUCACCUCCAUCACAAGCCGUUGUGUGCGAGGCUUCAUAUCCCACCCUACAACGCUCGGAUAAGGUGUCGACCAACAAAGGAUACACAACCAAUGAUGGAAGUGUUGGAGAUGUGACUGAUGGACAGAUGAUUGCACGACCACCACCUACCAAGCCAUUGAUCAACCCCGCCACCAAGAUGAAGCCAUUGUUCUGGAACAGGAUAAUAUUGCCACCAGUUCCAUCUUCCAGAUCUUCGUUGUCCAUGAAGGAGGACUGCCUUUGGCGCACUACCGCCCCGAUCGGUUUAAUACCAAUCAAUGUCAUCGAGUUUGAACAACUGUUUGGAGAAAGGAGGAUGGACUCACAAGUCUUGCCACUCCAGAGCCCACUGUCCCUGUCCCAGAACGGUAGCGAGCCGACCAGGACUUCAUUCAUUGACAAAGAACGAAGAUGGGCUAUUGAGUCCGUGAUGCCCAAGCUUCCAAGCAGUCAGCAUCUCAAGUCAAGCAUACAGAGCAACGAUGUAGAUGACUCAACAUUGAACAAUGUGGAGUUGAUGAGACUGUUGAUACGCAAUGCCCCAUGUUUGGAGGAUGUCAAGUUGAUCAAGGCCAGUGGCUUGCCAUUGGAGAAGUUAGCUGAUGCAGAUAGAUGGAUAAUGGAGAUGCAGGAGGUACCAGCCUUGACUGAGCGUGCCAGAUGCUACUUGACACGAAGCGAGCUGUCCAAUCAACUGGUGACCAUCACAACCAGGAUCAAGUGCAUUGCCACGGCCACCAAUGACCUAAGAACCAACGCGCAUCUCGGACAGGUGUUUGGCAUUGUCCUUGCAUUGGGCAAUCACAUGAAUGGCGGAUCUGGACGAGGACAGGCCGAUGCCUUCACCCUGGAGAUUCUGCCCAGUCUGUCGUCGAUCAAGGAUGUCGAUGGAAGGACCACCCUGCUCGACUAUAUCUGCAAGGUGGCACUUGAACGACAUCCAGCAUCGGCCAAUCUUGUCGACGAGUUGCGCUCACUAUGCCAUGUGGACCAAUCGUUACAACACAUCAACAUCGACAUCAGUGACCUAGAGGACAGCUACGGCCAAUUCAAGACGUAUCACGCCAAGACAUCGUCCGAUCUAUUGUUAGCCUCGGGCAACAUUGAGGAGGCAAUGCUAUUCCAGCGAUCGAUGCAAACACUUACAGAGCGAUGUGAUUCCGAGCUACUUAGACUGCGCGAGCAGUUUGAACAAGCGUCCAACUCAUUCAACUCCCUACUCCUGUUCUUUGGCUAUCCAAGUCACGUCCAUCACACAAUCCAAUGUCAACAACUAUUCGGCACCAUCUUCUCCUUCGUCAUCCAAUAUUCCAAGAGUUGUCAGAGAUUGUUACAACAACUGUCGAACAACAUGUCACCAACUGUUGGUGGCGGAGGUGCCAUAUCAUCAACGAUCGUGGGCGGUCAACAACAUAAGAUUGCAGCUGGUAGUGAUCCUCUGACCUCAAUUGCAAAGUCAAUCAAGAUGGGAGAGACAACUGGAUAUAGGAAGUCUAAAGCAUGA